AUGAUAGUUGGGAUUGGCAAUGUCACUGAAUUGAUCGUGAAACCUCCACCUAGAGUACCAGGCAUGGUGCUACUAGCUGCGAAAGGAGAAGCUGAGGUCAGUGGCAACGCGGACUUGAUCUUCUGCCUGCUGCUGGGUUUGGGAGAAAGGAAAGAAGGAGAGACUGGCGCAGGGAAGGGAUAUCGAGCAUGCGGCAUUCUGGCUAGUCGAUAUCUCCGUUUUUUGGAUGCGGGCAUAGAACGAGGUCUUUUCAUCUUGGUCUUUGGGUCGAUGGCAGCCAUGAGAGCACAGGGUAAGGCUGCAGAGUCGAGUCUUAUGGCUAUAUUCUGGUCCAACGGGCAAAAGCAGCCCAGGAGUGAUUGUCGGAUAACACAGCGGAGUGGCAAGACAGGCGAUGCGACAUUCAACGAUGCAACUAGGAAUUCUCGAUCGAUCAAUAACGAAUUCAUCAAAAGGGCCUCAUGCUACCAAUCAGGCUCGUCAUGGAGACGGACGGCGCUCCCCGCAAACACUGUGAUCCCUGAUCCAGGCUCGUCCCUGCAAGGCCUUCCACGCCCAGAGUUGCACUGCUUAUCUCGGUGGGCCUGCACGGCUCUCUGGUGCUUGUUUGAAUUAUUAUUAUCUGCCACGACGCAGGAGAAAAGCCGCUGCCAACACCACGGCAUGCCGAUGCGCACACCCGGCACACAGCCGAGAUGCAAGAUAUGCGACGAGAUGGACGGCUUCCCACUCGAAGAACCAGCAUCCAGCCCGAACGCGACGACCUUUGAGCGCGGAUUCAGACGAGAGGCUCAGGCUGCUCGAGAUAAGGGCUUAUCUUUGACCGGACACUUGCUGAUGCUUGAAUCCGCGCCGGGUAACUAA